UGCUCCUUCAGUUUGUUAAAAUCAAUCGUUGAACAAAACGUAUCUUAAUUCAACUUGAUCUUGUAUCUUCUAUUUAUAUCGCGAAUAGCUAGGAAGUUCGUGAUUAUUUCAUACUUACUAGACUGUGAUUUUUAGCUGCGACAGUUGAUGUUCAUUUACAGUCUCGCAAAAGAUCUCUAAUAAAUAUAAUUUGUAUAAUAAAAUCUUUCGAUCACGUAUUUAUUCGCACAGUAACAAAGUAGGAAGAAUACAGUUUGGGAAAUACAAAUUAGAUUAAAUAGAUAAUCGAAAUGUCUCUGGUACCACUUCUAUUCUCUGACUGGUGGAAUGAUUUGGAUCGUCCUCACAGUUUGUUUGACCAACACUUUGGCUUAUCACUAGAUCCUAAAAAUGUAAUUAGCCCAUCAAGAUCUGAAUUAGUGCUGUACAAACCUAACAGAUUACGUCUUGGAUCACGUUUCCAUCCUUACAAUCUUUUGAAAAGAAAUCGAGGAUCUUCUACUUUAACACCUGACAAAGAUAAAUUUCUAGUUACCUUGGAUGUGCAACAGUUCCAUCCUGAAGAAAUCAGUGUUAAAAUAGUAGAUGACAAUGUAAUAGUCGAAGGCAAACAUCAAGAGAAAGAAGAUGAACAUGGAUGGAUCUCUAGACAAUUUACUAGAAAAUAUCAAAUACCUAGCCAAUGUAAUAUUGAACAAGUUGAAUCGCACUUAUCUUCAGAUGGAGUGUUGACUAUCACUGCGCCAAAAAAAGAACUUCCCAAGUCCAAUUCUAAUGAAAAAACCAUUAAAAUACAGUUAACUGGACAACCUGCUCUUCUUCCAUCUAGAGCUUCUACGGCAGAAGAAUCUAACUCCAUAGAACCUGGUCAGCGUGGCAAAAAACCUGCUGUGAAAGCUGCUUAAAUAAUACUUAAUAUAUAAGUGUUCAUCAAUUCCUCUUUUUACUUAAAGUAAUUAGUACAAAGCUUUUUCUGUACCUAGAAGAUAUAAAUGUGUGCAGUAUCAUAUUCUUAUCAGACUUUAUAAGUCUAUAUUAUUUUUUAAUUUAUUUUGCAUUUGUAGAUAAUCUGUUCAACUAUAUAUAUAUAUUGAUUUCAUAACUCAAAAGUAAAUUGCUAAUUGUUAGUCAUAAUUUUAGUUAACAGAAUCUAUCUUAAUGAAUUCAAUAUCUAUUAUAAUGAAGACUUAACUUAUAAGUUUUUUAUUACUAUAACAUUCUAUAAGCAUUAAAUAGAUGUAAUUUAUAAAAGUGAAAA